AUGUCUUUCAACCUAUCGACUGCCGAAGCGUCCUGCGUCUACGCCUCACUCCUUCUUCUUGACGCCAACAAACCUACUGAAAACCUCGAGGCUCUCCUCGAGUCAGCUCAUAUUCAGAUUGACCCUAUUUGGCCUGAGACGUUUGCAAAAGCUCUCCGUGUGAAGCCGACUGAUGAGCUCAAGGCGUUUAUGGAUAAGGCUGUUUUGGGGGCUGUAAGAAGCGGUGGUGGAGAGGCACAUGGAGUCAAGGGGGAGGAAGAGAAGAAACCGGAGGAACAGAAGAAGGAGCCGGAGGUGGAGGAGGAAUCUGAUGAAGAUAUGGGGUUUGGCCUCUUUGACUGA